AUGACAUGGGAUCAGCGGGUGUUCCGCACCGGCCCUGAUAGGACUUCGCUCAACCGUCGAAGCUUCUCCGACUCCGAGGUACAACUUUCCGCAACGCUACCUCCCUCAACAGCACAUCGAAGCUGGACUGCUCCUGUGCGCCAAUACCCGGCGAUGCAGUCCAUGCCAUUGCUGCUUCGGCAGUCGCUUCGAUCGAGCGUUGGUCUUGCGAAGGCCACACGUUCCAUUCGCUCUCCGGUGCUUCUUCCCACGGGCCCGGAAGCGCUCUCUCUCGGGAGGAAAUCCGCGCGGACGUUCUCUAUUUGUCCACAAUGUCAGUUCCGAACACAAUCGGUAUUUCGAUUCUCCAGUGAGCAGGAGGAUAAAUUGAAGGAGGGGAAGCCGUUAGGGGAGGAAAAGAAGGAUGUGAGCGAAUUGGAUCGGGUCAAGGGAGAACUAGAGACGGAGACAGGACUGACUGUGACGAAGGCUACGGAGAAUGCAACACACGAGGAGCAACAGAAGAAUACAGGAUCUCAGGAGGGCUGGAUCGGUCGCAGUCUUCCUUCCUACCUUGAAGAUCACAGGUCGCAAUUAUCUAAGCGUUUCACAAACCUGAUGGACAACCUUCAAUCGAACGUCUUCAUUGCGGGGCAGCGAUUGAAUGACCUGACUGGAUACUCUGCCAUUGAGGCUCUCAAGAAAGAGAUCCUUGACCAAGAGAACCGAGUGAGGGAGACCCGUGCUCAGGUCCGCGAGGCGAAGGAUGCCUAUGCUGCCGCCAUAAACCGCCGCUCAACCUCUCAACGCGAGGUUAAUGAGCUUCUUCAACGGAAACACGCAUGGUCACCUUCAGACCUGGAGCGUUUCACACUGCUGUACCGGAAUGAUCACGCCAAUGAAGUCGCGGAAGCAGAGGCCCAAGAGGCGCUCUCUGUCGCUGAACAAGAGGCUGAGGAGGCAGCUGCACGAUUGAGCAAGAGCAUCCUCUCUCGUUACCAUGAAGAGCAAGUUUGGUCAGACAAGAUUCGACGAAUGAGUACAUGGGGAACCUGGGGCCUGAUGGGCGUCAACGUGCUCCUGUUCCUCGUUUUCCAGGUUGCCGUGGAACCAUGGCGCCGUAAGCGCCUCGUGAAGGGCUUCGAGGAAAAAGUCAUUGAAGCUUUAGAGAAGGAGAGAACUAUCCUUCAGAUCAAGGAGGCAACCGGCGCUUCUGAGGCCGCUGCAGCACCUGCGGUGCUGGCCGCCACAACGACUGCUCCUGCGCCGGCUGCCGAUGUCGCUGCGGACGCUGUCGUCGCGGAUGCUGUCGCCUCUGAGGCUGCUGCCUUAACAGCAGCAUCCGAGGGAACAGAAACCGUCGAUCUCACAAACACCGAGCAGGUCAUAGCUCCUGCUGAGCAAGACACAAUCUCCACUACAACAACGACAUCAUCUGAACUCCCGAAGUCAGAUUACUGGCAAUCCCAACUCCCCUCCACCCCUUCUUUCUCCAUUGAAUCCUGGAAGCAGUGUAUCCAUGACCUAUUCAGCGAUCGGAGCAUUGCUAUCUCUCAGCGAGAUCUCACCACAGUGACGAUCCAAAGUGCCGCUGCUGGAGCCGCGAUUAUGGGCUUACUGAUCGCUAUUGUCCGCCCGCGCUGA